CAGGAUUUAAUAUUGCAUCUAUAAAAGACAGUAUAGCUCACAAUUAUAUCAAGCAUAGGCGGUCGUGUUUCCCAGCCUUCUCCGACAAGUUCCUCAUCCUCAGUGCGUUCUUAUUUCUCUUCUUCAUCGCUUAGAAGUUGAGCGCUGUUACAAUUUCUAUACGCAGCAAGAAUGUCGCUUUCUAGUCACGGAAACAGCGUUCUCGAUGUCAAUCCGUUACCCGACGCAGACGAGGUAUUCUCUGUGAACGGGUCAGAUUGGCUGUGGGCUGUUACAGCCAUUCACAUUGUCGCAUUUCUCAGUAUGACAACUCUCUGUUUCACAGUCCACGAAAGCAAGAGAGUUUUCCACUACCUCUUCACCGUUUCGCUUCUUGUUGGUGCCAUCACCUACUACGCACAAGCCGCCAACUUUGGAUGGAGUAUUGUGCAGCAGGCCGACAACCUCGAUAAUGGUGUUAUGCGACAGAUGUUCUACGCAAAAUACAUCUACUGGGCUGUCUCUUUCCCGUCCACUUCAUUGGCUCUUGGCCUUCUCUCUGGUAUCUCCUGGAAUACUAUUCUCUGCAACAUAGCCAUCACGUGGAUCUGGGUAGCUACAUACCUGAUCGCAGCAUACACCCCGACGGACUAUAAGUGGGGGUUUUUCGUGUUUGGCACAUUCGCCCUUAUUAUUCUCGUUCUCAGUACUAUUAACGAGUGCCGCGAGGAGGCACAGAGGAUUGGAAUUGGGCGGGACUAUGCCAUCCUGGCAUCGUGGGCAAGCUUCCUUUGGCUACUCUACCCUGUUGCUUUUGGUCUCAGCGACGGGGGAAACCUUAUUGGCGUCACUGCUAGCUUCAUCUUCAUAGGCGUCCUGGACAUCUUGAUGCUGGGCUUCUGCUUCGUUCUGCUAGUUAUAUCGCGCCGGUGGGACUGGCAUCGAUUGAGUCUGGACUUCAGCGAAUUCCGUGGUUCUGGCGAAUUUCGAAAUUCCAACAUCAACGCAGGCUCGCCGUCUAAUGCGGUUGCUGACGGUACCGUGUAGGGCUUUUAGGAGGCGGGGGCUAAGUCUAGGAUAAGCUUAGCUUGUCUAUUUGGGUUAUCUUACCUUGACUACUUGUGCGCCUUCUGGCUGGAGGGAGGAGGACCUGGUCCUCUAUUAAAGAAGUGUGGCUUCAGGGAUUACAGGUCUUAAGAAGAAGGAGAAAUGCCUGUCUUUAAAUAAUUAUAUUAGGCUGGGAAUAUUAGGAGAGUACUUUAGCGUCUUAUGUAUCACAG